AUGAAGGACGAACUCUCCUUCAGGGAGCUGCCUGAGCGAAUGGACGGCCUCGUCAACCUCUCAGUGCGGGUGGACAAUCGUCGUCGUGAGAGGGCUGUGGUGGAGACGUUCAGUGUGGUGGAGACGUUCAGUGUGGUGGAGACGUUCAGUGUGAUUCUCCUGGUUCCUGUGUAUGUGGUGGAGACGUUCAGUGUGGUAGAGACGUUCAGUGUGAUUCUCCUGGUUCCUGUGUAUGUGGUGGAGAUGUACAUUACAGAGAAAGAGGUGCAACAGUGGUACAAAGGCUUUAUAAAGGACUGUCCAAGUGGUCAGCUGGAUGCUGUGGGCUUUCAGAAGAUCUACAAGCAGUUCUUCCCUUUUGGUGACCCCACCAAGUUUGCUUCUUUUGUCUUCAACGUCUUUGAUGAAAACAAGGACGGACAAAUAGAGUUCUCCGAGUUCAUACAGGCCCUGUCGGUGACUUCGCGGGGGACACUGGAUGAGAAGCUCAGAUGGGCUUUCAAAUUGUAUGAUCUUGAUAACGAUGGCUACGUCACACGAGAUGAGAUGUUAAACAUCGUAGAUGCCAUAUAUCUGAUGGUGGGGAACACUGUAGAGUUACCAGAAGAAGAGAAUACACCUGAGAAGAGAGUGGACCGUAUUUUUUCCAUGAUGGACAAGAAUGCUGAUGGCAAGUUGACCCUGCAGGAGUUUCAGGAGGGUUCCAAGGCAGACCCCUCCAUUGUGCAGGCACUGUCACUAUACGAUGGGCUUGUAUAGGGCUUAAAGUGUUUAAAGAUUCCCAGAUUCCCAUCACACCUGCUAUGAGAAAAAAGCAUCUACAAGCAUCAACAUCCCUCCAUGCACCAUCCAGAAGGAGACAUGGAGUGAGGAGAAGGGCAAGGACUUGUGUAAUACUGUCGUCAAUUGCACAUAUUCAUCUGCACUCUAAGCAUUGAAAACAACUCUGAGCCUUCUGA